UUCAUUGAAGGAAGCUCGGUUUGCAGAAAUUCUAUCAACAAACUUUUCAUUGAAGUCCAUGUUUCCACUGAAUCCAAACGCAUCUUUUAUUGAAUGUAUGUGACCAAACGUUUUAAAUCUGUUUCAUGAAGAAGUUUUGUUUUUAAUCUUGAAGUAAAACAGAGUGGACAAGUGACAAUAUGCUCUCUCUCUUGACUGUUUUGCUGAAAACCAAGCGCACAUCAUUACUAAUAUAAGCUGCAUAAUUGAAGGCAUGACUACCACGAAAAUAUCUGCUGCGUCGGCUAGGGCUCACACCAGAAAGUCUAACAGUAUUGGAAGAAACUACUCCAGAUUUACCUCAAGUUGGUAUCGCCCUAAUUUUCUGCUCUGUUCAUUAAAUUUUAACUGAUAUGUUUUGACAGAUAUGAUUGCCCAGAUAGCAGUUGGAGUAGUGGUGGGUUGUGUAGGAUAUGCUUAUUUUGCAAUACAGCCUCAACCUCCUAAAAUAUGUGGCACCCCCGGUGGUCCUCCGGUGACUUCUCCAAGGGUGAAACUUGACGAUGGGAGGCAUUUGGCAUACAAGGAGAGGGGUGUUGCCAAGGAAGAAGCCAAGCACAGGAUAAUAAUUUCCCACGGCUUUGAUGAUUCUAAAGAUUUCAACAUAAAUCUUUCUGAUGAAUUAUUGAAGGAGUUAGGUAUUUACAUCCUGUCAUUCGACCGUGCUGGUUAUGGUGAAAGUACUUCUAACCAUGCAAGGUCAGUGAAGAGUGAAGCAUUCGAUAUCCAAGAGUUGGCUGACAAGUUAGGUCUUCGACCCAAGUUUUAUGUUGUUGGCGUGUCGAUGGGAGCUUAUCCGACUUACAGCUGCCUUAAGUACAUCCCCCACAGGUUAUCAGGAGUUGCACUUGUAGUUCCCUUUGUUCAUUACUGGUGGAAGGGUGUUCCGGCUAAACUAUUAAAAGAAGCCUUGGGGCGCUGUCUGUUCCAGACCAGUGGACAUUUCGAGUAGCACAUUACGCCCCUUGGCUAUUCAACUGGUGGAUGACCCAAAAAUGGUUCACAAAUUUAAGCAUCAUGCAAGGGAUUCUUGAUGUUUUCAGCCGAUCCGACCUAGAAAUUAUCAAGCAGCUUUCUGAAACUCCUAAGGAGGGUCAGGAGAAGUGCGGCAGCAAGGUGUUCAUGAAUGUUUACACCGUGACUUAAUGGUGGGUUUCGGAAACUGGGAAUUCGGUCCAAUGGAUAUCAGUGAUCCUUUCCCUAAUAAGGAUGGGUCAGUUCAUCUUUGGCAAGGAUAUGAAGAUAAGUACAUUCCAUACAAGCUGAAUCGGUAUUUAUCAGAACAACUUCCAUGGAUUAAAUAUCAUGAGGUUCCUGAUGCUGGCCAUCUUUUGCUGUACAAUGCCACACUCAGUGAAGCCGUUUUUAGGGCCCUUGUGUCAUCAUAAUAAUUGACAUCCGAAAAUGGAGCUCUCUUUUUCAUUUUGAUUUAUCUAGUUUUCUGUGAUUUUGAGCGGCUGGCAACCUACUCCAUAUAUUAUGAUGGCAUAUAUGUUUAAAUAUUA